CGGCAGCGCCGCACGCUGCCCGCCCACACUGCACCGCGCCGGCGCGCGCGCUGCUCCCGCCCCAGCGCGCCGGCGGCGGGGCCGCGCCUGCGCCGUGAGGGCCCCGCGCGGUUCGAGCGCGGUGGGAGCGGCGCCAGGCUCCGCCACCGGCAGCGGCCUGCUCGGAGCUGAGGGACGGCCGCCAGCGCCCCGUGCCGCAGCUCUCCGCUAGUCCGGGCCCCUGGGUCGGGGUACUGCGGCGCCCCCCGCCCUGGCUGUGGUGCUGCCCGUCCGCCCGGGCCGGUUCGCUUUCGUGUCGCGUUGCGCCGGUCGCGGGCAGCGAGGCAAGUUCUGCGCGUUCGCGUGUGCGCCGUUCGCUUCUCGGGCUCCCCGCCAGCUGCACGGGACUGCCAGAUCUCUGAGAGUUUUGGCAAAUAAUGUAUAGCAGGUUUUUCCAGUUUUCAUAUAUGGCAAGUCAUGAAGCUUUUUGUACCUCGUGAAUGCAUACAGAAUUCCUUACAAAAGGGACAAUUUGUUACAUUUAUCUAGUGAACGUAGGAAGGAGUAGUGUGUGAAAUUAAUGUCUACAUUUGGAAAUUCAGUUUUUUUCUUUAUUGUAUUUUUUCUCCUUUUUGUUUUUAUAAAUAGUUUUCAUGCCCAUUUAACAGUGCUUUAAUAUUAACUAUUACUUUAGCCUUAUCCAUGUUACCAAUGGAAUGUAGUAUGUGGACUUGCUCUAAAAGUGGUGCUCACGGCGACCUGCUCGCAAAUGUAGAGUCAUUACAGAAUCAGCUGAGGAGAACUGAAAAAAAUCUACAAACUGUAGAAAAAGAGCUAUCCAGUACAAGUGAACAUUACAGCCACUGCUUCGAUGAGGUGAUAGAUGUCCCUCUGGAGGACUUUGUACAGCCGAAUUACGAUUGUCAAGGAUUUUCCAGCUUGAAGAACUGUGGUAGAACAUCUCGCCAGGAUUUUCAAAGAAAAUCCAAAUCUUACUCAGUAUCCACAACUUUGGAUAAAACUGUGGAAGAAAAUGAACAUCUUCAGGAGAAGUUGGAUGCCCUUUAUGAGCAAAAUGCAUCUUUGACUUCUCAGAACCACUACCUAAAGAACAGAGUGGAAACAAUGAACUUUGAAUUGUUGCAGUCAAAAACAAAAAUUUCAUAUCUUGAGGCCGCUUUAGCUACACAUUUAGUCAGCAUUCCGAAGUUGAAAGAACAGAUUGUAAAUUUGGAAGCAGAAGUUUCAGCUCAAGAUAAAAUUCUGAAAGAUGCAGAAGAUAGACUAGAUGAAAAUCAGAAAACAGCAAUGGAAAGAGAACACAUGUUGCAAAGAUAUCAAAAGGGCUAUAAAAAUCUGCAAAUUGAAUUAAUUGAACAAAGCAAGCAAGAAAGGAGCCUGGUGGCUCUGUCACUACUUAGGAGGAUUAGGGAAUUUGCCUGUUGGAAGUUGCUACGAGCACUCCUAUCAACUCCAAAAUGUAAUUUAAAGAAAGCACAUCAGCAAAGAAAUGAAGCUUUGUUGAAUGUGGAGGAGCUGACAAGAGCUUUCACAAAGUGUAAAGCAGAAAUAACUGAAAAACUAGAAAGGGCUAAAGCUGAAGAAGUAGUUUUGGGAGAACGUUUAACUAAUUGUGAAAAAGAAAAAGAGAAGUUGAAUGAGAAGUGUAUCAGCUACAAAAAGAAUCUAGACAUCCUAGAAGAGCAACUAAGACAAUUAAAGAAAGAGAAUCACAACACAAAAGAAGAAAUUAAAGCUCUAGAGGCAAAGAACACUGAAAUGACAGUAAUGCUGAGUCAGUCUGGUCAGAAGAUCAUCAAGCUUGAGAGUGAACUUUCUGAAAAAGAAAUAGUACUUAAAGAGAAAGAUGCUCUAAUAAUUGAAAAUGAAGAGCUGACAGCACUUACUGCACAGCAACAUAACCACUUGAAAUUAUGUCGUCAAGAAAUAGAGGUUUCAAGGGAAGAGCUCAAUGUACUAGAAACCAUUAUUUCUCAGUUGUCUUUAAGUCCAUCUGAAGAGGUCAAAUGGCACCCUUUCAAACAGCACCUAUUGAGUUCUUCAACAGAAGCUACCUCUGCAUCUUGUGGUGAAUCAAGUAAACCUUUGAUUGCAGAUCUAAGCAUUAAACUGGCAAUGAAAGGAGCAGAAAUUCAAAAACCUGGUGAAAACUUAGCUAUCUGUACUGGAGCUGAUCAUCUUUCUAACGGUAAUGAAGGACAAGAAAACAGCAGGUUGUGUGACCUGGAAACAGAACCUGUCAAAUUGAUCAGAAGUCCAGGAGAGAGGAGAAAAUAUCAACAGCUGGAACUUAUAAGCAAACAAUUUGAAAAGGUGAGGCAAAAAUUCCAGAAAGAAGUAGAGGAGCUACGCACUAAACUGAUGAAAGCAGAUGAAGAGAAUUCUGCCUUGAGGACCAGCAUGGCUCAAAGAACCAGUCAGUUUCAAAUCAUACAAGAAGACCUAUUGAAGAAGGCUUCAAAAACUAAUAGCUUAGAGAGAGAAAUAAGAAAGAAAUCUUCUCAGCUUUCUGCACUUGAGAAACAGUUGGAAGAAAAGACUAUUGCUUAUUCCACUGCUGCAGAAAGAAACGCUGAGUUGGAACAGGAACUCAUGGGAAAAAACAGAUGCAUUCAUGAGCUGGAAAUGACUAUCAGUGAAGAACAUGAGAAAAUAACUUCUGCUUUUGAAAAUGAAAAGUUGCUUCACCUUGAGCAGCACAAAGAAAUGGAGAGACAGAUUGACCUACUUCGGACACAGCUGGAGACAAUACAUCAACAAUACAUUGAACAAGAGAAAAUAAUAUCUAUGUUACAACGAGAGGUUAUACAGAAACAGCAUCACAUUGAAUCAUUGGAUGAGCUGCUAAUAGGAAAUAGAGAGGAAAUGGAACAUCAAAAUAUCAAGAAAGAUCAAGGAUUGAAGAUGCUGGAAAGUCAAUUAACAGAAGAAAAAAUCAAAGUACGACAGCUUGAGUCAGCAUUAAAUGUUUGUAAGGAAGAAGUUGCGCUGUAUUUGAGCCAGUCACAAGAAAAUAAACAGAUGUUUGAAAAUCAGCUGAAAGAAAGGUCUGAAGAGCUUCAUUAUUUACAGAAAGAAAUAAAAAUAAAAGGUCAGAAUAUUCAGGACAUGAGUGAACAAAACAUUCUCUUGCAACAAACUUUGCAUCAUCAGCAGCAAAUGUUACAGCAAGAAACUAUUAGAAAUGGGGAGCUGGAAGAUAAUCAAAUUAAACUUGAAAAACAGGUAUCCAAUUUGGAAAAAGAGCUUCAGAAACAGAAAGCAUGCACAGAAGAUAAGUUGAGAAAUGCGGAGGAGAAACUGCGCCUAGCUGCUCACGAAGCAGAUUUAAACAGAAAGAAGGUGGAUGAACUUAAUUCUACAAUCAGACAGAUGAAAUUGGAGAUGGCUCAGUGCAAGAAUGAACUUACUGGCAUGGAAAAAGCAGCAGUCCAAUUAAAACAAGAUGGUGCAAACAAAGCACUGCAGAUAAAUCAGUUGGAUAUCACUCUGGAAGAAGCAAGAUCAGAGCUCAAUAAAAAGGCAAACGAGGUGAAUGAUUUUGAAGAUAAGCUGCUUCAAACUGAGACUUGCCACAGGAAAGCCUUACAGAAAAUAGCAGAACUGGAAUCUGCAUUACAGAAAGCCUGUGGAGAAUUAAAGAUCACUUUAACACAGCUUCGGGAGUUGCAAGAUGCAUUACAGAAUGCACAGUCCUCCCUGGAGGAGAAGAACAUUGCUAUCGUGGAUCUAACAACUGAGCUCAGGUAUUGCAAGGAUGAAAUUGAAGACAAAAAGCAGGAACUCCUUGUCAUGGACCAAGCACUGAAAGAAAGGAAUUGGGAACUGAAACAAAGAGUAGCUCAGAUUACACAAUUGGAUAUGACAGUUCAUGAGCAUAAGGGAGAAAUGGAGCAACAAAUAAUUCAAUUACAGUGCAAUUUAGAGAAGUCAGAGUUGGAAAUUAAGGAAUGCAAUAAACAGAUUGAGAGCUUAGAGAAGAAACUCCAGCACUCUAAAGAUGAGCUUCGUGAAAAAGAGUUUGAAUUGCUCCAGAGAAAUCAGGAAAUAAAUCAGCUGAAGAAAAAAAAAAUGAAAGAAAACAACAUAGCCUAGAAGCUCUUGGAAAGGUACAAGAACUGUGAAGAAAUGACAGCUGCUGCCUAUUGGACAAGCAGUAACCCAGAAAUGCUGUUGCUGGCACAACUGUGCACCCAAAGAGGACAUUUUAAAGCUGUAUUUCUAAAUAAGGAAUGUAGUUAUUUGUACUGAAGCAGAUGACAACCUUUCUAUUUUUCCAACUGUUAGUGAGAUUAUUGCCUUCAUAUAAUAACAUAUUAAUUUAUCUUUUAUACUUCAGAAUAAAAUUUAUUUAUUUUAAGUUGUAGGGAUGAAUUUCAGCUGUCAUCUUUUUCCAAGGUUUUUAAAUUAUGUACUUGUUUAGUAUCUCACUGCUAAUCAAAGGUACAAUGGUAGUACCUUAUUAGCAAUUCUUGUUUGGGAAUAUUUUAUCUUUUUUUGUAUGCAUUGCAGAUACAACAUCUUAUUAAAAUGGACCUGUUUGUAAGAUGUUUUGGGUCACUGGUUUGAUCAUAGACACUGGCAAAACCUGCUUGCUUUACUUCAUGCAAGUGUCUUUGAGAUGCAGAGUUGUGGGACAGGAUCAUAAAGCUUGUGCUUGUUUCAUUUGAUAUUUUUGAUCAAAUGAAAAUCCAUACAAAAAUUCCCACAGAUUAAAUUCACAUCAUAACUAUGCAUUGUAAAACAUACUUAUUUCCAGGUUUUCAAAAGUACUACACAAUUUAGCUGUUAUAGAUGGCUAGUGGCCCCACUUUUAUAUUUACAUAAACAUCAGGAACUGCAAAUACGCUUUUGAGGCCUCAGUCUAAGUCUGAUUAAUGCACACAUGACUUACGUGCAUUAAGACAUGUGAUUCAUACUUCAGAAAUUAAGUUACUAAAGUUAUUUGAUGUAAAGAAGAGGAAAAUAAUCAAAUGUAUUUCAGUUUAAAUACCAGGCCUCAGUUAAGUGUUUUGCAUAUUAAAAGUGUAUCUUGGCCAAUAAACUUACCUGAGGUAUUCCAGAAACUUUGCAAGUGGCAGUUUGCUAGACUCCUUGGGCAGUACUGGAUCUUUCACUUUAUGUAAACACAUUCCACAAAUGUCACGGGUUCUACAUUAAGUGGUUCUACAAAACCAGCCACACAUUCUGCUACCGUUGACAAGUCAAGAUACACUCAUCUAAAGUAUUUCUGCAGUUUCAGAUUAUUUAUUCUGCUAUUAUGAAAAUUAUGAUGUGAC